UUUUCAUUCAUUAACCAGGAGCAUACUAUUUUCCAGGACCCCUCCAUUCAGAAGAGAUGCUGUGGUGCUUUCCUUUACCCACCCAAAAUGGAACACAGGAGACUACAUAGCUGAAGAAAUUACAAUCUCCCCACAAAUGAGGGACAUUCAAGUCUAAGUAGUUUCCAGCUGAAGGAAAAAUAACCAACAGCUUCUCCACAGGAUCGACUGGAACGGGGAAAACAUGAACAUCACUAACUGUACCACAGAAGCCAGUGUGGCUGGGAGAGCCAAGACCAUCACUGAGAAGAUGCUCAUCUCCAUGACUCUGGUCAUCAUCACCACCCUGACCAUGUUGCUAAACUUGGCCGUGAUUAUGGCCAUCUGCACCACCAAGAAGCUCCACCAGCCUGCCAACUACCUGAUCUGUUCUCUGGCCGUGACAGACCUCCUGGUGGCAGUGCUAGUCAUGCCCUUAAGCAUCAUGUACAUUGUCAUGGACAGCUGGAAGCUAGGGUACUUCAUCUGCGAGGUGUGGCUGAGUGUGGACAUGACCUGCUGCACCUGCUCCAUCCUCCAUCUCUGUGUGAUUGCCCUGGACCGGUACUGGGCCAUCACCAACGCUGUUGAGUAUGCCAGGAAGAGGACCGCCAAGAGGGCAGGACUGAUGAUCCUCACUGUCUGGACGAUCUCCAUCUUCAUCUCCAUGCCCCCUCUGUUCUGGAGGAGCCACCGCCAACUCAGCCCGCCCCCGAGUCAGUGCACCAUCCAGCAUGACCAUGUCAUCUACACCAUUUACUCCACUCUUGGGGCAUUUUAUAUCCCCUUGACUUUGAUACUGAUUCUCUAUUACCGGAUUUACCACGCAGCCAAGAGCCUUUACCAGAAAAGAGGGUCAAGCCGGCACUUAAGCAACAGAAGCACAGACAGCCAAAAUUCAUUUGCGAGUUGUAAACUUACACAGACUUUCUGUGUGUCUGACUUCUCCACCUCAGACCCUACCACAGAGUUUGAAAAGUUCCACACCUCCAUCAGGAUCCCUCCCUUUGACAAUGAUCUAGAUCACCCGGGAGAGCGCCAGCAGAUCUCUAGUACCAGGGAGCGCAAGGCAGCACGCAUCCUAGGACUGAUCUUGGGUGCAUUCAUUUUGUCAUGGCUUCCAUUUUUCAUCAAAGAGUUGAUUGUAGGUCUGAGCAUCUAUACCGUGUCUUCUGAAGUGGCCGAUUUUUUCACAUGGCUUGGUUAUGUUAAUUCUCUGAUCAACCCUCUGCUCUACACUAGUUUUAAUGAAGACUUUAAGCUGGCUUUUAAAAAGCUCAUUAGGUGCCGAGAACAUACUUAGAUUGUAAAAAACCAAAAGGCAUGAAUUUGACCAGCCUCCUGAGUAGACGGGGUUAAUUCUUGGACAUUGUUGAUUCAGAGCGUUUGUAAGUAUGUGUGGUCUUGUUUUUUUUGUUUGUUCCGUUUUGUUUGAGGCUCGUUAUUUGGUGUGCUGUUUUCUACUUCCGGUCCUGUUUGUGGUACAUAAUUUCAAAUAAACAUUAUCCUACAAAAACA